ACAGAGAACGAGCAAUCCACUACAUUUUCUUAUGAGGGCUCGAAUGGGCCUGAACACUGGGGAAGCAUGAGCUCGAAAUUUGCAACUUGCUCCAAAGGGAAAUCACAGUCACCAAUAGACAUUGUGAAGGACGGCGCCGUGUUUGGCAAGCAUCUUCAAAAACUAGUCAGGAGAUACAAUACUGCUAAUGCUACACUUGUCAACAAUGGCUUUAACAUUGGGGUGGACUUUGGGGAGAAAACAGGUGGAGUAGCUGUCAUAGAUGAUAAAAACUACUCCCUCAGACAAAUGCAUUGGCAUUCUCCUUCCGAACACCUCCUUAACGGCGAGCGGUAUGUUCACUGCCGUCUCUCUCUUUCCAAAUCUCUCUCUAGACUGGCCCAUUAUGGGCCCAGCCCAUCUAAUUAUCAGGCUGCCUAGCCUUUUGGUCGUUUCGGAGCUUCUAUAACAGAAGAGGAGAUCCUUUCUAAUACUUUUUCAAAAAGUUUCUAAAUAGAUUAAUAA